CAGGGAACAGUUAUAAACUAGAUGCCCAAUAGAGUGGCGUGCGGGGACACAACUAAGAUUUUUUAAAAAAAUUGUCACCAUAUCCUCCGCACGUGCAGAGGGCAGGUAUAAAACGAUGAAAGGAAGGUGUUGUCAAUGAUAUCCGACAACCGGUCGCCGGGCACAGCCGUCCAGGACGCUGUCCCCGCGCGCUCCAAUGGGACGAGAGACGCCAGCCCCAGGGUAACCGGAGGCGCGUCGCGGGCCGCGCGCGGGAAGCUGUGAUCUGAGUCCCGCGCCCGCUCUGCGGCGGCCGCAGCGACUCGACCCCGCCGGACAGGCCAGAGGAGCCCAUCUUGCAGCUCUCAAGUUUCUGUAGAAUGCUGUAAACAAUUGUCACGGUUGGUUUUCAAGUCAUAGAAAGAGUUGCAACUUCUCCUUCGUAACAGAACUUUCCUAGUUGCAUUCAAUGCCUAACAUUGCAGAAGCAGAAAGGGCAAAUGAUUCUGGAAAUGGUGAGCACAAAUCUGAGAGAAAGUCUCCUGAAGAGAAUCUACAAGGUGCUGUCCAGUCUUUCUGCACUCGUGCCUCGGGGGCACCCUUGGGUCCCAAAGGAGAUGGUCAUUACCCGUGGAGCUGUCCAGUGACCCACACUCGGGAGAAAAUUUAUGCCAUCUGUUCAGACUAUGCCUUUCUCAACCAGGCAACCUCAAUCUAUAAAACUCCAAAUUCAACCCGCUCUUCUUGCCUCCCUGAUAGUACCUCUUUAUCUGCUGGAAAUAAUCCAUCAAGAUACAUUGGCAUCCCAACGAGUACAUCAGAAAUCAUCUACAAUGAAGAAAAUAGCUUGGAAAACUUAUCCAAUAGCCUGGGCAAGCUACCUCUCGCAUGGGAAAUCGAUAAAUCUGAAUUUGAUGGGGUGACCACAAAUUUGAAGCACAAAUCAGGCAACGUAAAGAAACAAAUUUCCAAGAAAAAAACUUCAGAUAAAAAAGGAAGACAUCAAAGGGAGUGGCCUCAGUAUUCUCCUCUUGAAGAUAUUAAGCAGCGGAAAGUAUUAGAUCUCAGAAGAUGGUACUGCAUAAGCCGACCACAAUAUAAGACUUCUUGUGGUAUCUCCUCAUUAAUUUCGUGUUGGAAUUUUUUAUAUAGCACAAUGGGAGCUGGAAAUCUUCCACCUAUUACCCAAGAAGAAGCUUUACGUAUUUUGGGCUUUCAACCCCCAUUUGAAGAUAUUAGGUUCGGUCCUUUCACUGGAAAUACAACACUUAUGAGAUGGUUUAGACAAAUUAAUGACCACUUCCACGUAAAAGGAUGCUCAUAUGUUCUAUAUAAGCCUCAUGGGAAGAACAAAACAGCUGGAGAAACUGCUUCAGGGGCCUUGUCGAAGUUAACUCAUGGAUUGAAAGAUGAAUCGCUGGCUUAUAUCUAUCAUUGCCAAAAUCAUUAUUUUUGUCCAAUUGGCUUUGAAGCAACCCCUGUUAAAGCUAAUAAAGCAUUCAGCAGGGGCCCCCUCUCACCACAAGAAGUAGAAUAUUGGAUCUUAAUUGGAGAAUCAAGUAGAAAACAUCCUGCUAUUCACUGUAAAAAAUGGGCAGAUAUUGUUACUGAUCUCAACACUCAAAAUCCAGAAUAUCUAGAUAUCCGACACUUGGAGAGGGGGCUGCAGUACCGAAAAACAAAGAAGGUUGGGGGGAAUUUGCAUUGCAUCAUAGCAUUCCAGAGACUUAAUUGGCAGAGAUUUGGCCUUUGGAACUUUCCAUUUGGAACCAUGAGACAAGAAUCACAACCUCCAACACAUGCCCAGGGAAUUGCUAAAUCGGAGAGCGAAGAUAAUAUCUCCAAGAAGCAUCAUGGGCGUCUGGGCCGGUCUUUCAGUGCUAGUUUCCAUCAGGACUUGGCAUGGAAAAAGAUGUCCAGUAUCCAUGAGAGAAGGAACAGUGGCUACCAGGGUUAUAGUGAUUAUGACGGGAAUGACUGACCAUGCUGGGCACCGAACAUCUUGUGUUACACACAUGACUGGUCUAUACAAUACUGCAUUAAGACAGUAGAAGUUUUAUUAAGUCUACCCUAAACAGGAACAGAUUUUGUGGUACAAGAUACAUAUGGUACAACAUAACCUUGUAGUUCUCCAGUAAAUAAGCUUGUAUAUGAUUAUGAUGGGUGAUUUCAGAUAUAUAAGUGGAUAAGCACAGAUUACUGUCCUUUUAAAGUUAAGAGUAUGAAAACAUUUCACAAAAUCCAAUAAAUUGCAUAUAAGCAGAUCAAACACAAAUUCACUUAAUAGCAUCAUGAUUUGCAAUACUUAAGCAUGAAAUUAUUUCUUAUGACUUAAUCACCAGACAUUUGCUGCAGAUAGUUUUAUUCCUAAACUCAAGAUGUAAGGCACCAUUUGCCCUUUUAAACACAAUUGGGGCUGUUGAUUUCUAGUUUCCUCUCAUGGUUAAAGCUCAUUUAAAAUUAUUUAGUGAAUCUAGAAUUCUUUUACUUGUAAGCAGUAUCUGCCUGCCUCAUUUGU